AUGACAAUGGUAGAGGAGGGGGAAAUGGCCCACAGCCAUUCGACUCUCUCAGAUGAUCCAGUCCUUCCUCAAUGGCGAUUAAUAUGUAUUGGUUUUAGUCUCGCCUUUGGUUUAUUCAUAUCUCUCCUCGAUACAACAAUCGUCGCUACAGCUUUAUAUACAAUCGGAGCGGACUUGAAGUCCUUUAACCAAAUUAACUGGGUUGCUCUAGCCUACACUUUGGCCUACCUAGGAUGUGCAGUCAUUUUUGCAAGACUAGCAGAUAUCACAGGAAGGCGGAACGCCUACAUUGCAGCGUUCUUGAUCUUCUUUGCCUUUUCUCUUGGGUGUGGAUUUGCUCAAACUCUCAACCAACUCAUUGUGUGCCGAGUAUUGCAAGGGAUUGGCGGAUCCGGCCUCUACUCAUUGACCUUCGUCAUUUUCCCUGAGAUUCUCCCGCCGAGCAAGGUUCAAAUGAUUGGGGCCAUGGCAGGGGCAGUGGUAGCUAUAGCUGGUAUUCUAGGUCCUGUUCUUGGUGGAAUUAUAACUCAUUAUACUACCUGGCGGUGGAUAUUUUGGAUCAACGCUCCGAUGGGUAUUGGCCCCCUUAUACUGUUUAUUAUCGCCUGGCCGAAACCACAUCAAAUACGCCAUAUUCCACUACGCUCAAUCCGAGAACUCGACGUCAUCGGCGCACUCCUAAUCAUAGCAGCCUCGGUCCUCGUCGUCUUCUCAUUCCAAGGGGCCGGCCUCCAACCUGAUAGCUGGCAUACAGCCCUCUUCAUUGCACCCCUCACAAUCGGUUGUUUAUGUUACAUUGCACUUUUCAUCUGGGAAAUCCUAGUAUCUCGAUUUUGGGAAGACUCAUUCGCCACUAUGUUCCCGCUGCGUCUGAUGAAGCGUCGUGUCUACAUGGGCUACGUAUUAACGACUUUGUUAGGUGGCUUCCCCUACUUCCUCAUCAUCUAUACCCUCCCUCUCCGUUUACAGGUCGUGAACGAUAAAUCGCAGCUCAUAGCUGGCGUGGCCCUUUUACCCAUGAUCGGAUCUGUUGCCGUCGCCAGCACGCUGGCGGGCAUCAUCAACACUCGGAAGAGUUAUAUAUUCCCUACACUUCUAAUAGGAUCUCUGUUGAUGGUGAUCGGUGCCGCUACACUUUCAACAUUGGAUAAUGUGCUUGAGAUAGAACCGAAGAUGUACGGGUUCCAAGUGUUUAUGGGCUUGGGCUUUGGGCUUACUGUGUCGACUGUCUCGCUGGGCGGGGCUUUGGAGUGUGAGCUCAGGGAUAAUACCGUAGCCCAAGGCAUUAUAGCACAAGUCCGCGUCCUCGGCGGCAGCAUUGGCAUAGCCGCAGCAACCGCAAUCCAGAGCGUCACCCAACGGCGCGACCUCUCCGGCAUCAUUACGGAGCAACAACUAGCCUCAUUGCAAGAUUCCGCAAAGAAUAUGACCCCGGAGCAAUUAUUUGCCGUUAGGAAGGCGUACUCGGAUUCUUUUAGCCUGUCAUUGAAGGUUUGUGCUGCUCUUGCCGGAGCAGGGGCGUUGGCCACUUUUAUGACGUGGCAGAGAAGACCGGUGGAUUUUCAUAUUAGGAGGGAGGAGCAGGCUAGGGAGGAAAGGGAGAGGCUUGAGAAGGAGGGCCUUACAAGGGCGAGGAUUGAUGCUGACGAAGUGAGUGAGAAGGGAAAGGUGGCUUCAUGA